UAGACACAACGCAAAUCCGCCAGAAGCAUCUUUACUUAUUUAUGUCUGAAGGAGACCAUUAAUCUCCAGACAUGUCGUCCAAGUGAUGUUUUCUGAACGUUUAAUAAUAUUUUUUUAUCUGUAGCUGGCCUCCGUGGCUUCAGGAAACGGUACAGCUUCAAAUGGGGGAAGUGAGGAAGUUGCAGAAGAAACUGAGACAGAUUGAAAAUCUGGAAAUAAAAAUCAGUCUCACAACUGAGGAGAAACUUAAGAUCUCCAGGAAGGAGGAGCUGCGCACCAGAUUGGCCGAGCUUCAGCUGCAGCUUUCUGGCCCGGAGCAGACUCUUGGGAUCGUGGGAGACGGAAAGAAGGAGAAGAUGAAAAGACAAGUGGAGGAUGCCCUCGAGGCCCUUCCAUCACAAACGCCUCCAGCCUCCAAGAUCCUGAAGGGAGAAACGGAGUCCAAAUCUCUGUCAACACCGGCUGCCAGGCAGAGGAAGGCAGGAGGGGACGUGGCAGAAGCAGGCGGACUGCAGGACGGGACGGCGCCGGCCAAGGUGUCACAUCAGAGAGGAGACGAGUGGGGAGGCUGUCCAGACUCUGACACGGAGCAGCAGCUGCGGCAGGAAGAAGCCGAGUUUACGUCCCUGAAAGCGUCCUGGGAGAAGGCGAGGUUCCGCUUGAGGCUGCUGGAGGGUCACAAUGACAUCGUCACCUGUGUGGUUGCUGUUGACAACCUGGUGGUUUCUGGAAGCCGAGACACGACGGUGAAGGUGUGGCACGUUCCCACGGCAACGGAGAUGAAGAAUCUGGGGGGUCACACCGGCGGAGUCACCUGUCUGUCUGCACCUCCUCCCGAGUAUUGCAGGAGGCUGGCCCGGUCCCUGUCUCUGUCCGACAAAGAGAGGUUCGUUUUGAGCGGCUCUGCGGACUGCUACGUGAAGAUCUGGGCCCUGAGCAUCGGGCAGUGCGUUAAGUCCGUCUACACGUUCAACGCCGUGACCGGGCUCUGCUUCGUGCCAGAGGGGGACGGCUACAUCGCCACCGGAUCAGACGGAGGGAAAGUUCAGGUCUGGAGCUGGGACACUUUCCAGAACUGCCAGUCAGUCAACGCUCACCAGGAAGCAGUCACCUCCCUCCAGUCUCAGGGUCCACUGGUGUUCAGCGGCUCGGCCGAGGGAGGGGUGUCGGUGUGGGAGAACCGGUGCUCGGAUCGAGACCCCCUACGGCUGCUGCACCACUGGAGCGGCCAGGUGACGGGCUUGGGCGGGGGCUGCGGCGGGCGUCUGGCUCUCAGCCCACGGGGGGACCGAGUGCUCCUGGCGUACGGUCGAGCCUGGCUCAAGAUCCUCCACUGGAGGACGGGAGAAGUAUCCAGGCUGACCAAUCACAGCAGCAUCACCGGGGUAACGGACUGUGUUCACCAGACAGGAGGCCUCCUAAUUGGCUCCAGCUAUGACCUGGCUAACGGAGAGAGCACGCUUAAUUUGUUCUCUUUGCCUCAGUGUCGCUACCUGGCCUCUCUGACCUGGCCAAAAGCUCCCAGAAUCCUCUGCUUCGCAGCAUGGACCACCGGGAGCGGAGACCACCGUUGGGUCACUGGAGGACGAGACCUGAUCGUUUGGGAGCAGCUUCCAAGUUCUGGGAAGCAAAGGGGUGAUGUCGUCGUGAGGAGAGACAGCCGGAUGGACUCGUGCUUGUUGGAGUCAGAGGGGGACACCGAGGGCGAUGAGGACACCGAUGAUGAUGAGGAUAACGACGAAGGAGAAGGAAGAAGUCCGGACAGCGAGGAGGACGGAGGCUCCGGCUCGUGGCUGCGGUGUGUCCUCCAGUGAGCGUCCGUCUCCCCGGCCUGCAGCCAUGGAGAGGAAAUGAGAGGGUGGCAGAGCGGAGCGGAGCGGGCGGAGGAGGAGGGUGAAGUGACAGACCGAGUGUUAGUCUGGGAGGAGGUGGAGGGGAGGGGGACAUACGG